UCAAUAAGCGUUCAAUAAUAAAUUACGUUAUAACUAUAAACAUAAAACUCUUUAAAAAAUCAUUAUACGAACAAAUAAAUCUCUUCGAAUAAAUCUCAUCAAAUAAAAACGCGAGUAAAAAAAAGAUAGCGGCAAGCACUCUAGUUUCGGUACCAUCCUGGGAACAUAUUAAGACAUCAAACUGCAGAUUCAGCAUUGGAAUGGAGUGGGGGCAGGUGUUCAGCCCUUUCAUUCGGAUAAUUUUUACCUCAUUAACAGUCCAGUGUUUGAAGUGAUCAAAUCGAGUUGAAAACGUGAGACACAAUGCCGCUUCGAUAUGAGGAUUAUGUCUCUCCAUCCGAUCCCUGGCCAAUACCAGAUAUUUGGGUAGAGGUGACGGAUGGAGAAAGACGGGUAUAUUUAAUUUAUGACGACGUCACCCCCGAGCUUCUGACUACACCGGAGAAAAAAAUUGUGCCGAGUUAUCGGCGAGGGGCCACUGAUUUUGAAACUCGUCAAAUAGCAGCUCGUUCGCGAGCACUUUCAAAACGAAGGAAGGCGAAGAAGACCAGCAGGAAAAGAACAUCGGAGCCUUCCGCUUGGACAGACAUAAUUUUCAAAAAAUCAAAAAUUAUGCAGGAUGCUGAAAAACAGGAGGAAACGAGGAAGAAAUUAAAAUGGAGGCUCAUACCCGUUGAUCUCGAUUCUCCGCGCCCUCCGAACAUUCAGCAGUUGGAAAAUGAGCUCAAGAGAGUGGCUCUCUUGGAGAGUGAUGAAGAAGAAGAAUUAGACCCGAGAAAGAAGAAGCGAAUCGAAGCAAAAUAAAUUUCUGUGAAAUUAAAAUUAAACAAAAAAAUAAAGUAAAAAAGUCUUGAAUCUA